AUGCCUCACGAUGCAGCAGCCCCUGCAUCUGCACCCGUGCCCGCCACUCCCCCUUCCUUCCCCCCUGCCCCCGCCACUCAACCCCCACACCAGCCCUCGCCCGCACCAGUCCCCAGCGCCCCCCCUGAGCCGCAGCCCCCCUCCUCAGACGCGCCCCCUGCGGCCCCCGCCCCCCCGCCUGCUGAGAAGCCCCCGUACCCGCUGUUCCCGCCGGGUCUGAUCCCGGGCAUGGUGCGCAAGAAGCAGGUGGGGUCGGGCGUGCCGUACGCGCCCAUGGCGCCGCACGACAUCCCCUCCACCAUCCCCCCGCCCCACGAGUCGGAGGAGUACCUGCGGCGCCGCAUCGCGCGCUUCUUCAAGGCCAUUGGGGAGCAGGACCCCCUGGCCGAUGGGGACGAGGAGGAGGAGGAUGCGGAGGAGGCGGAUGGGGGCCGGGGGAUUCUUGGGGCGGGCAUUGGGAAGAGAGGGCACGGGCACGGAGGGCAUGGGGUGGGUGGCGGGGGGAAAAGGGGCUCAGGAGCGAAGCCACGCGCCAUGUCACCGCCAGCAGCGAUGGGCAUGGAGGGGGGCGGGCUGGGACUGGGCAUGGGCGGGGGGGGCCUUGGGCUGGGCAUGGGGGGUCCCGGGCUUGGAGUGGGCAUGGAGGUGGAUCCGGAGACAGGCAUGUUGCCGGAUGGCAGUGUGGUGCAGAAGCCUGGCAUGGGCGGGGCGAGGCUGGGACUGGGUGCCGCCGUGGAAGCCGAUGCUCCGUCGCAGUAUGCCGACGUGUAUUCGAGUUUCCGCCGCAUGCUCAGCUCACCAGCGAAAAGAGCGGCAAUGGCGGCGGCGAGCAGCAAUCCAUCGAGCACGGUGACGAACAUCUCGGAGUUCCAGUGCCUGGCGAAGGAGAAGCUGCCCAAGCAGGCGUACGACUACUACGCGUCGGGCGCCGAGGACCAAUGGACGCUCGCCGAGAACCGCAACGCCUUCGAGCGCAUCAGGUUCCGGCCGCGAAUUCUGAUCGACGUGUCGAGCGUGGACACGACGACGAGCGUGCUGGGCCACCGCAUCUCCAUGCCCAUCAUGCUCGCGCCCACCGCCUUCCAGCGCAUGGCGCACCCCGAAGGCGAGCUCGCCACGGCCCGCGCGGCAGCUAAAUUCGAUACCGCCAUGGUGCUGUCGUCGUGGGCGACGAGCAGCGUGGAGGAGGUGGCGUCGGUGGGGCCGGGUCUGCGCUUCUUCCAGCUCUACGUGUACAAGGACCGGCAGGUGGUGGAGCAGCUGGUGCGGCGCGCGGAGCGGGCGGGGUUCAAGGCCAUCGCGCUCACCGUCGACACGCCCCGCCUCGGCCGCCGCGAGGCUGACAUAAAAAACAGGUUCGUGCUGCCGCCUCACCUCACUCUGAAGAACUUCGAAGGACUGAACCUCGGCAGCAUGGACAAGUCACAGGAGUCGGGGCUGUCGUCAUAUGUGGCGGGUCAGAUCGACCGCUCGCUCAGCUGGAAGGACAUCACAUGGCUCAAGUCCAUCACAUCGCUGCCCAUUCUGGUCAAGGGCGUCAUCACAGCAGAGGAUGCGGAGAUAUCGAUAGAGUACGGGGCGGCGGGCAUCAUAGUGUCCAACCACGGCGCGCGCCAGCUGGACUACGUCUCCGCCACCAUCUGUGCUCUUGAGGAGGUGGUGAAGGCGACGCGUGGCCGGGUGCCGGUGUUUCUGGACGGUGGGGUGCGGCGUGGCACCGAUGUGCUCAAGGCGCUUGCUCUGGGCGCCGCGGGUGUCUUCGUGGGGCGGCCGGUGCCAUUCGCGCUGGCGGUGGACGGGCAGGCGGGGGUGGAGAAGCUGCUGGGCAUCCUCAAGGACGAGUUUGAGCUCGCCCUCGCCCUCGCCGGCUGCACGAGGGUGGCGGACAUCAAGCGCUGCCACGUGGAGACGGAGGAGGACCGCCUGCGCAAGGCCAUCUCCUCCCGCCUCUGA